AUGUCAAUCAAUAUAAGGAAUAAUGUACUUACGUACGAAGGCAGCAAUUACUUCAGAUAUCGUUUAAUACUGUCCACAUUAUCCGGAAAACCAGUAAAAAUUAUAGAUAUCAGGACCAAGGAUAAUGAUCCCGGCCUUAGAGAAUACGAGAUCAGUUUUGUUCGCUUAUUGGACAAAGUUACAAAUGGCACGAAGAUUGAGCUAAACGAGACUGGUACUAGCAUAUAUUACACUCCUGGCUUACUAAAUGGUGGCGAAUUGGAACAUGACUGCAGCUUACAAAGAGGCAUUGGGUAUUACUUGGAAGGAAUUAUGAUGCUUGCUCCAUUUUGCAAAACGCCUCUUAAUCUGAAGCUCAGAGGAGUGACUAAUAACACUAUAGAUCCAUCGGUGGACAGAAUUCAGACGGCUGGUAUACCGAUACUGAAAAAAUUCCUAGCGGGCGACAAUGAAGUUACGCUAACCAUUCACAAAAGAGGAGUAGCACCUCUGGGAGGUGGAGAAGUACACUUUAAAUGCCCCGUCAGUCGUAAUCUUCGAACGGUUCAGUUGGAAAACAGUGGUAUGGUAAAGCGUAUUCGAGGUACCGCCUGCAGCGUAAGAGUCUCUCCGGCAAUUGCUAAUCGCAUCGUUGAAUCAGCGAAAGGCGUUCUCCUGAAAUUUUUACCAGAUGUAUAUAUUUAUACAGAUCACUCUAAGGGAGCCGCCGGUGGAAAGUCACCAGGCUUUGGCGUUACCCUGACAGCGGAAACUACGAAGGACGUGUUCUUUAGCGGACAGGCAUUUUCGCCAUUAAUGACGACGGGUUCGCUGCCGUGCGUACCCGAAGAUCUUGGCAAAGAGGCCGCAAUGAGACUUUUAGAUGAAAUUUACAGAAACGGAUGUGUAGACUCUGUUUUCCAAAGCAUGACUGCAGCAUUUAUGGCUCUUGGCAAAAAGGAUGUUUCUAGAGCCAUAGUAGGACCGUUAACUCCAGCCACGAUGCAAUUUUUACGUGAUUUACGAGACUUCUUCGGGGUUACGUUCAAAGUGGAACACGUGCGGGAAGAAGAUGAAGUAUUACCACAAGUACGGUUAAUUUGUUUGGGUAUAGGUUACACUAACAUGAAUAAACGAGCUCUAUAAAUAUCUUUUGUAAUUGUAAAUAGAUUUUGUAUUAAAUAUAUAUAGUACAAUAACA